CAAAACAUUCCGGUAGCUUAGUUUCUAGAAAAGAGGGCUCUCAGAGCUUCCCCCGCCUCCAUUCACUCCUCCCCAGUAACACUAACCAAAUUAGAGCCCCGGACACGAGAAAGGCCCUGUAACCCAGGAUACUGACUAAGCAGGGCUUGCAGACUCACGCUGGGGUCUGCAGUUCAGCAUCACUAGGCCGCUAAUGUGGAUAUGGAAGAGUUUUCUCCAAAAAAGCAGCUAUUCAUUUGCCUGUUUCCAAGAAUAAUGUGGUCCAUGGAUCCAGGGCAUCUCCUCUGGGCUCUGCUGUUGGUGCAACCCUUAUGGUCUGGACUGACUGAUGGGGCCACUAGAGUCUACUACCUGGGCAUCCAGGAUGUGCAGUGGAACUAUGCUCCUAAGGGAAGGAAUGUCAUCACGAACCAGCCUCUGGACAGUGACACAGUAGCUUCCAGCUUCCUAAAGUCUGACAAGGACCGAAUAGGGAGCAGCUACAAGAAGACCAUCUACAAGGAAUAUAGGGAUGGCUCAUACAUGGAUGAAAUAGCUCAGCCAGCGUGGUUGGGUUUCCUGGGGCCAGUGCUGAAGGCUGAGGUGGGAGAUGUCAUCCUUAUCCACCUGAAAAAUUUUGCCACUCGUCCCUACACCAUCCAUCCCCAUGGCGUUUUCUAUGAGAAGGACUCAGAAGGUUCCUUAUAUCCAGAUGGUUCCUCUGGUUGGCUAAAAGCUGAUGAUUCUGUUCCCCCGGGAGGCAGCCACAUCUACAACUGGACCAUUCCAGAAAGCCAUGCACCCACUGAUGCUGACCCAGCAUGUCUCACUUGGAUCUACCAUUCUCAUGUAGAUGCUCCACGAGACAUUGCUACUGGCCUCAUUGGACCACUCAUAACCUGUAAAAGAGGAACCCUGAAUGGGAAUUCCCCUCCUCAGCGGCAGGACGUCGACAAUGAUUUCUUCCUGCUCUUUAACGUGGUAGAUGAAAACCUUAGCUGGCAUAUUAAUGAGAACAUCGCCACUUACUGCUUGGACCCUGCCUCAGUGGACAAGGAAGAUGAGGCCUUUCAGGAGAGCAAUAGGAUGCAUGCAAUCAAUGGCUUUGUCUUUGGAAACUUACCAGAGCUGAGCAUGUGUGCACAGAAGCGUGUGGCCUGGCACUUGUUUGGUAUGGGUAAUGAGGUAGAUGUCCACACAGCUUUCUUCCAUGGACAGAUGCUGACCAUCCGAGGCCACCAAACUGAUGUGGCUCGCAUCUUUCCAGCCACCUUUGUGACUGCUGAGAUGGUGCCUCAGGAACCUGGCUCCUGGUUAAUUAGCUGUCAAGUGAAUAGUCACUUGAAAGGUGGCAUGCAAGCACUCUACAAAGUCAAGUCUUGCUCCAUGGCACCUCCCAUGAACCUACUCACAGGCAAAGUCCGGCAAUACUUCAUUGAAGCUCAUGAAAUUCAAUGGGACUAUGGUCCAAUGGGGCAUGAUGGGAGUACAGGGAAGAAUUUGAGGGAACCAGGCAGUGUUUCAGAUAAAUUCUUCCAGAAGAGCUCCAGCCGAAUUGGGGGCACUUACUGGAAAGUUCGAUAUGAAGCCUUUCAUGAUGAGACAUUCCAGGAAAAGGUGCAGCUGGAGGAAGAUAUGCAUCUUGGAAUCCUGGGGCCUGUGAUCCGUGCUGAGGUGGGUGACACAAUCCAGGUGAUUUUCUACAACCGUGCUUCACAGCCAUUCAGCAUACAGCCUCAUGGGGUCUUUUAUGAGAAAGACUCCGAGGGAACUGUGUACAAUGAUGGUUCAUCUCCCUCUGGCUUGGUGGCUAAGCCCUUUGAGAAAGUAACAUAUCGCUGGACAGUUCCUGCUCACGCCGGCCCCACUGCUCAGGAUCCUGCCUGUCUUACCUGGAUGUACUUCUCUGCUGCAGACCCCAUAAGAGAUACAAAUUCUGGUCUGAUGGGCCCCCUGCUGGUGUGCAAGGCUGGUGCCCUGGGUGCAGAUGGCAAACAGAAAGGAGUGGAUAAAGAAUUCUUUCUCCUUUUCACUGUGUUGGAUGAGAACAAGAGCUGGUACAGCAAUGCCAAUCAAGCAGCUGCUAUGUUGGAUUCCCGACUGCUCUCAGAGGAUUUCAAGGGUUUCCAAGACUCCAAUCGGAUGCAUGCCAUUAACGGGUUUCUGUUCUCUAACCUGCCCAGGCUGGAAAUGUGCAAGGGUGACACAGUGGCCUGGCACCUGGUUGGCCUGGGCACAGAGACUGAUGUGCAUGGGGUCACAUUCCAGGGCAAUACCGUGCAGCUUCAGGGCAUGAGGAAGAGUGCAGUCAUGCUCUUUCCUCACACCUUUGUCAUGGCCAUCAUGCAGCCUGACAACCCUGGGACAUUUGAGAUUUACUGCCAGGCAGGCAGCCAUAGAGAAGCAGGGAUGAGGGCAAUCUAUAAUGUCUCCCAGUGUCCUGGCCGCCAAGCCAACCCUCGUCAACAUUACCAAGCUGCAAGGAUCUACUACAUUAUGGCAGAAGAGAUGGAGUGGGACUAUUGCCCUGACAGGAGCUGGGAACUAGAAUGGCACAACCAGUCUGAGAUGGACAGUUAUGGUCACAUAUUCCUGAGUAAAAAAGAUGGACUCCUGGGCUCCAGAUACAAGAAAGCUGUAUUCAGGGAAUACACUGAUGCUACAUUCAGAAUCCCAAGGCCAAGGACUGGACCAGAGGAACACUUGGGGAUCUUAGGUCCACUUCUCAGAGGAGAGGUCGGUGAUAUUCUAACUGUGGUGUUCAAGAAUAAUGCCAGCCGCCCCUACUCUGUUCAUGCCCAUGGAGUGCUAGAAUCUAGAACUGGCUGGCCACUGGCUGCUGAACCUGGUGAGGUUCUCACUUACCAAUGGAAUAUCCCAGAGCGAUCUGGCCCAGGGCCCAAUGAUUCUGCUUGUGUUUCCUGGAUCUAUUAUUCUGCAGUGGAUCCCAUUAAGGACAUGUAUAGUGGCCUGGUAGGACCCUUGACCAUCUGCCGAAAGGGCAUCCUGAAGCCCCAUGGAGGACGACGUGACAUGGACCGAGAAUUUGCCUUGUUAUUUUUGAUUUUUGAUGAGAACCAGUCUUGGUAUCUGGAGGAGAAUGUGGAAACUUAUGGGCCCCAGGAGCCAGGCCGUGUUAACCCACAGGAUGAGACUUUCUUGGAGAGCAAUAAAAUGCAUGCCAUUAAUGGAAAGCUCUAUGCCAACCUCAGGGGUCUUACCAUGCACCAAGGAGAUCGGGUGGCCUGGUACAUGCUGGCCAUGGGCCAAGAUAUUGACCUACACACUGUCCAUUUCCAUGCAGAAAGCUUUCUCUAUCGGAGUGGAGAGAGCUACCGGGCAGAUGUGGUGGAUCUGUUCCCAGGGACAUUUGAGGUUGUGGAGAUGGUGGCCAGCAACCCUGGGACAUGGCUGCUGCACUGCCAUGUUACUGACCAUGUACAUGCUGGCAUGGAGACCCUGUUUACAGUCUUGUCCCAAAGAGAACACAUAAGCACUACUACCAUCAUCAGUGAAGAGACUGGAAAAGCAGCAAUCCCCAGAGAUGUUGGAGAAGGCAAAGUGAGGAUGCUGGGCAUGCAGAUUCCUGUAAAGGACAUUGAGGUGCUGACUUCUGUCUUGAUUGCCAUUGGUGUCAUUCUCCUGCUCAUUGCUUUUGCUCUUGGUGGUGUGGUGUGGUACCAGCAUCGGCAGAGAAAACUACGGCGCAACAGGAGGUCUAUCCUGGAUGACAGCUUCAAGCUUCUCUCUCUAAAGUAAAUGGAUCCUGGAACUGCACAUCUGGAAUGUACUCACAGCAGGCCAUGGACAAGCAGCUGACCUCACUGUCAAAGGGGUAUGGGUGGUAGAGACGCAGAAGAAGGGAUCAAACUCAUCUAAGUAUUUUUUUUUCAUUUAUUUAUUUACAUGGAAAUAAUAUGCUUUCUUUUUCUUUAGUUUCUUUGCUCCACUUGGGCACCUGGGACUGUGAGUCCCUUGGUAUCCUACAUCACAAAUUUCAACAGCUGUAUUACUCACCCACUGACACUUGGAAGGUCUGGAAAUUUCUAAAAACUGAUUCUUCUCACAAGGUAGAUACCAAGGAUAAGCCUCAUUGAUUAGGUUUCUACUGCUUUCAGGGACCUAGGCAAGUUCAUUCUGAACUGAAGCUAAGUUAACUGUGAUAAUAAAUCCACAUCUAAACUAAGGACUAAGAUAAUAGGCAUGAUGAGAAAUGAGUGGGGUAAAAUUUGAAGAUCCAAAUUGUAUUUUUAUUCUUCUUGGCAGUAGACUAUUUCAGAGAAGUUUGUGGAUGGAAUAUUAUUGCCAUUAGCAACUACAACCUCUGGAGACAAAAGCUCCUUAGGAAACCAAAUAUUCCAAGUUCCUGGCACAGUUGCAGUCAAGGGAAUGUUGAGUGUCCUGUCCAUGUUCUAGUCAGAAAAUUCUAUACAUUAAAGUGCUUGUUAGAAAAGUGAACAUUGUGAUUUUAAUUGUCUCUGUGGCCUCUGGGAGGUUGUGACUGUGACUGAAAGAGCACUCAAUGAGGCUGGUGGGGGGGGGCUAGAAUUGGGCUUAAAAUGUGUCUGCUUAUCCUUUGUGGACUCUGAAGUUUUACAUUUUUAAAAUGGAAAAGCUUUAUCAGAGGAAGCAUCAAAAUCAGAGUGGCAAGUAGCAUCUUUUAGUCCAUAAGUGUCAAAAGUAUUCUCAAUCCUAAGAAAAGUUGCCAGAGGGAAAAGGACCGAGAUUGGACUCUAACUUUUCCACUGCACACACAGAUAUAAUGGGAUCUUCUGGAAGUGGGGGGUAUGAGAGGUUAACUUGCAAUUUUGGGGGCAUCUUUAUAGGACAGAGUCUUUCCCUCUGGCAAUUUAAAGGAACAUUCUUUUGUCAUUAAAAAUUCAAACCUCUCUAAAACCUUGGUUAGAGAGCACAGACAGGAGAUAGAGUAGAAGUGGGAUAAAAUGGCCCACUCUCACUAGGAGAUAGAGUAGAGGUGGGAUAAAAUGGCCCACUCUCGCUACAGUAGCCAUAAUACCAUUUUGCAUGGCAAGUGGAGAAGAGAAGCAUCAGGGAUAGAGAAGAUAAUAACUGAAAUGCUUUACACUUUGAAUCUAACACCUGAUUGCAUUUGACUUACCUUAGUUCUAUCAGGAUGCUACUUUGUUUUAUGUUUUAGUAAACAAAUGAUCAGAAAGAGUAAGUGAAUUUGCCCCAAGCCAUUCAGCUACAAAUUGAGCAAGGAUUCAAGUUUUCAUUUAUUUGACUUUAAAUAUCUGUUUCAUCCUUUUAUAUCAUGAAAAAUCCACUAAUCUCAAUCAUUUGUACUCAUAUUGAAUCUAAUUUUCCAGUUCCUGUCUCUCUAGCAAAUCUCUCUGCCUAAUUAGCAACCACUUAUAGAUUAAGUAUAGAAACCCAGAAGGCUAAUUAUCUGUUGCUAAAUAAUGUUGAAGGUUGGAGGGUAAAACACAGACCAGAGCCUAUAAUUUAUCUUGGUUUACUGUGGUCAGUGUCUUUGUGGAGAGCUUUACUGGAAAUCUCAGAAACAUAGCAGGGGAUUGGAGGUGGGAAAAGAUUUGGAUUUCUAGUGAUAAAAUCAAAUCCGAGUAUUUAAUCCAUUGUAUAAUCAAUGCACUUAACAGCAGAACUCUGUUGGUAUAUUGUUAAUGUGAAGGUUAUGUGCACUCUGGGAACUCCAGGCAAUUGUCACAUGCAGCUAGAAGGUUGUUAGCUUGGUCAAAGUCAGGACUCUGAGAUAAGAAGUAGGUUGGAUGAGGGUACAUUUCUCUGUACGUAAUCUUCAGAACAAGAACAAGAAAAGUUUUCCUACUCUUAGCACUAUCAUUCAGCAUAGUCCUACAGAUCCUAAGAAUUACUAGGCAAUAAAAAUAAAUGCAAGAUUUCCCCAUUUUAAAGGAAGAUAUAAAAUUGUCCCUUUUUUCAGAU